AUGUCGAACGAAUGGAGCAACGAUUGGGGUUCCACAGACCAAUGGAAAACGAACUAUUCGCCACCCCAACAGCCACAACAACAUCAUCCAGCUCCACAAAGGACUGAUUCCUACGGGUAACAAGUAAAUAGGAAAUUUAUGAGAUGAGAAUAUGAAUUUCUAGCGGCGAUUACUACUCGCAGCAGCAAAAUCAAGGUUUUUCUGCGACUCCUCAGCCUUUCAACGAGAAUUAUAACAAUCCGCCGAGUUUUGCUCCAGCUCCACAAGCUCCUGCUUACAAUCAGAAUGGUGAAAACUAUUGAAAAUCACUGGAAAUUAAUGUUAUAUAUUUAGCGAAUUUUGGCGGAUUCCAACCCCAACAGUUCAUGUCGGACCCGAUGUUGAUGGCCGCUCAACAGUUUGGCGGCCAAUUUGCCGAACAACAGAAGGAAAAGGUUGAGAGGGAAUUAAAACAUAUUUUAAUUCCAUUUUAAGCUUUCAAAGUACUUGGGAACGUUCAACUUGAAAUAUUUCUUCGCCGUGGACAACUCCUACGUCGGCAAGAAGUUGUUCAUCAUGUUCUUCCCGUUUUUCCACAGGGUUUGUCGAUUUUUUUAGGAUUUGAAUACUGAAUAGUGACAAUAUUAAUACUUAGUUUUUCAGCUUGAAAAUCCAUACUUUUUCGGGAAAAAAAUCGAAUUUCUGAAAAUUCUCAAUUUUUUUCCCGGUUUCAUUCGAUUUCACUAGUUUUCAUUGAAACCGUUACAAUUUCGUUGAAAACGUCUUCCUGCCCAUUUUCCAAUUGCAUUAAAACACUUAUCGGUUUUAAUUAAAGACAGAUUUUUGAACAAAGUUUUUUUGGAACAAAUCAAUUUCAAAAUUUCCAAAACUUGAAAGAGCCCCCUUUUUUUCCUCAAAUUGUCACGUCAACUCAAAAAGUUCCAAAUAAGCAAGUUUUUUUUCCUAAAAUUUUCGAUUUUCAAACGUUUAUAGGACUGGUCUCUGAAGUAUUACGGUUCGACGGAACCUUACCCAGCGAAAGACGAUGUGAAUGCGCCGGACUUGUACAUUCCUCUCAUGUCCUUCCUCACCUACAUUCUGGUCUCCGGAUUCGUUCUGGGAACUCAGGGAAGGUGAGAAAAUAAGUUAAAGUUCAAAAAAAAUGUGAAAAAAAAACACCUCGGAAUCCGUUUUCCUUCUUGAAUUACUCAUGACUUAUCUUAAAAAUAGUAAAGAUUUUUUUAAAGACGUUCUCUCUAUAUUUUAAUAAAAAUCCCAUAUUUUUAUUUUUUUAUCGAGAGUAGGGUGAAAAAUUUUUACAGGUAGUUUCCAGAUAAGAUAGUUAAAAAAAAGAUUUUUUUAAUCGGAAAUAAUCUUAAUUUCAAUAGGUUUUUCUCUCAGAAAGUUGAAAAAAAGAAGUUUUUAUAUCAAAUGUUAAAUAUAAUUUUUGUGAGAAAAAAACUGGCGAAAUUAAUGAAAAUUAACAUUUUUUUGAUUUUAUCUCGACAAUUUUUCCUUCAAGUUUUUCGAUAAGGAAAAAUAUUUCCAGAUUCUCCCCGGAAGUCUUGGGGAUUCUGACAACCAACGCGCUGAUCUGGAUAAUUCUCGAGAAUAUCGUCAUUUUCUUCAGUAAAUACGUCAUGAAUAUCUCACAGGUUUCCAUUUUUUUUGAGAAAAAAAAAUGAAAAUAAUUUCUAGACUCUUUCCGUGUGGCAUUCGGUCGCCUACAGCACGUAUAAAUUUGCUGGGUUCAUUUAUUUCUUGCUAUUUGAAUUAUUCGGCGAUUUCCAGAAUGAUUUUCUGUCUUUUGAUGUUCAUUGGAGGCGGGAAAAUGUUCUAUUACGGAUCCCUGGUCUACACGUCCUUCAUGCUCGUUGUAUUUUUGGUGAGUUUUUGGGGCAUUUCGAGCGCUUUGAUUCAAUUGAAGGCCUAUCUAAAUUUUUAUUGAUAAAAUGGUUUUUUCACCAUUUAAAAAUGAGAAGUUCGUGUUUUAUAAGAGAAGUAUGCUGAAAAAACAACUUCAUUAAUUUUCAAGAAAUUGGAAAGGUUUUUGAAAUUUAGUGCACCUUUUUGAGCAAAAACAGAUUUUUAGGCCUUUUAAAACUUCACUUUGAACUUUUUUGAAUAGAGUUCGUUUCGAAACGCGGAAAUAGUUGAUAAUUUUGGUUUGAAAUGACAAUUUCCAAGCUCAUUCGCUCUUAUAAAAUCGAUUCAAUCUUGUGCAAAAAAAUGUAUUUUGUUUAGAAAUUUUUUUCUGUGUUUUAAAAAAACAGUUUUUCAAGCGGAAUUUUAACUAGCCUACUUUUUUUCUAAUUAUUUCGUGUACGAAAAAGAUUUUUUUCAGCUUACUCGGGAACUCCAGAGUGGCCGCUCUAGGGAUAACUUAAGGGGCUUUCUCAACCCCUAUAGGGGCCACUAAAGCUUGCAAAAGUGGUGCAUAUAGGGGUUUUAGUUAGUGGCCCCUGCAUGGGGAUAUGCUAAUCGAUACAAUUUAUGUACUCUAUGAGAAGAAGCAUUUCCAUGAGAAAAAUUAAAUGAAUAAGCGUUUUUUCGAAAAUGAAGUUGAAAGACCCCUAAAGGAAUCACUUAAUAUUUAGGGGCUGAGGGGUCAGACCCUAAAUCUCUUAUAGGGACCACCUGGAUUUCACCUCUAUUAGGAACUGCUUUUUCGGCUCCUAAACCCUAUGGAAACCCUUUUGUAAUGCCUAAGUAUUCCCUUCAUUUUCAGCUUCGAUCCGUGUCACAAAUCAUCCUGCAAGGUCCUUCGUUCCCAGGCGAUCAAGAAGCCAAAAAACGAAAGCUGAUGCUCGUUCUGUUCGUCGUCGUUUCCCAGCCACUGAUCAUGUGGUGGCUCACAAGGUUCGUCGCUUUUAUUGACGAUCCAGGAGGGAGUUUUGAAAAGAAUUUCUCAUUUUUCAAUGAUUUCUAUGAUCUACCGUCAGAAAAGAUACGAAAAAUGUUUGUUGACAACUUUUUUUUCUGAAAAUUUCUGAGCUUCGUUUUUUGAGAACUGAAGUUCUACCACUGUAGUUCAAAUAAAAGUCAUUACAACUCCGGAAAGUUCCAGGAAGAUUGAGUUCCUACUGAGCCACGUUUUUUUCUAUCUUUCUUGAUAGAACUUUUUCAAGGAAAAAAAUCAUUUUUAAUUUUUUUCUCUGCAUCAAUAACAGAAAGUACAGUGAUACACCGUGAAAAUGCCACUCAUUAAGUGAUCAUUUAGUGGGAAAAAAAGAAGAAAUGAAAAAAGUCAUUAUUUUUUUCGAAGAUAAAAAAAUAUACGAUUUCUAAGCUUCUGACUCUUUAAAAAAAACCCAAAACGGUAUUUUUGAACAGUAGAAUCUCAGAAACAUCAUGUUUAAACGAGAAAAAAUUUUCUCACUUGUGGUUUGAUUUUUGGAGUUUCCGUAAUAUUGCUUUUCGCUGUUUGCGCGGUGGUAUGAAAAAAACACCAGCGAAAAUUCAAACGGCGACUUUUCCGAUUUUUUCAUAUCGCUAGGGAACUUUCCGACGGCCACCUUUCCGCCGAUUCUUUUUCCGACUUUUUUUUCUCGAUAAAUCUUCGUUUAAAAUCUCCCUAUAUUAAGUAGGUAGUUGGUUCAUGAUUAAAACACAAAGAAAUAGGAAAAAAAAUAUUUAUAGAUGUUUUAUAAACCGAAAAAUAUAAGGGAAAAAAGUCGGAAAGAGAUCCGUCGGAAAGGUGGCCGUCGGAAAGUUCCCUAGCGAUAUGAAAAAAUCGGAAAAGUCGUCGUUUGAAUUUUCGCAGGUCUUUUUUUCUUACCACCGUUUGCGCUUUCAAACGCUUCAAAAGACACUGAGCUCAAAGCGAAAACUGCACAGAAGUUAUACAUUUUUUGAAAAAGUCAAGUGACCAGUCGGCGAGAAAAUGCCUUCAUUUCAAAGGAAAUUACAGCAAAGCUUCCUAGAAUUAUCAAUGGUUCACCGGAAAAACUAUUCUUUCCAAUAUAUUAAAAAAAGAACAUUCUAGCAGUCAAAUAGCGCCGGAGAAACCGCGGAUGGUGGUGGGUGCCGAUUGGUUGGAGAAACAACUUUGAACGUUUUCCUAACACAUAACUCCGUACCGUUCUUUCUGUUUGUAUGUUAUUUAUUCGUGUAUUGUACUUUUUCUCGUUCAACAACGUCGGAUUGCAGUCGAAAUUCAGAAAUGUGGGUUUUUGUCCGUUUAUUCACUUUUCUGUUCUUACUAACUUUGCAUGCGGGAGAUUCUUGUCCUCUUUUUGUGUCUUUGUCGAGUGAAUAAAGUGUUUUAUGGGUUCCUUUUUUAAUUUUGGAUGUGUUAAAAGAAAUGAAGUACUUUAUGGUAACUAAUUACAUGUUUUAAGUUGAGGGAUUAUUCCAGAAUGGUCCUUCAAUGCUGUAGGAAGUACCCCCAUCAAUAGGUGAAAUUGUUUGCUAAUGGGUCUCGCAACGAUUUGAAAGUAGGCCGCGUUUUGGAUUCUGGAACUUUCCCUGAAGUCAAUUUUUUCUCUGAUAUUUUGUAACUAAUUGAGAAUAUAUUAUUUUUACGGUACUCAUUUCGGAUUUUUUUAGAUUUUUUUCUCAUCAAAUAGUAAAAGAAAUUCGUGGUUCUUUUUCAGAUUUACAGUGUAAAAAAACAAAAAAAUUUUUUUGUAGUUUAUGUCAAUUUUGCGUCACGAUUUGAUGUUUUUUUAAUUUUUUGGUUUCAAAUCAUCAAAUUUUUAUGUAACUAACAUUUUAACUUACAGAAGUGUUUUUUUCUAAAAAAAAAGAGAAAUAUACGCUUCUUGAAAAAAAUAUUUUUUUCUGAGCGCAUGGAUGUUCCUUUUUUUGCACCUGUUGUAUAAGGAAUUUUUUUCCCCACGAUACUAUAAUCAUUUUUAAGAAAUAUUCAGCAAUUUCAUUGGCUGAUGAAUCGCGCAAAAUGAAUAAUGAGACAAAUACUUGAUUACUUUUUCAAUCGGUAUUCGAUUUUUCUAACAAAAAAAUUGAAUAGGCUAUGAUUUCUUUUUAUAAAAGCCGAAUUUGGAAAUGAAUUUGCCAUAAGAAUAUUUAAAUUUGCAUGUUCUCUUUCCUUUUUUUAGUGCUCUAGUGGCUUUUUCCCCUUUCUUAAUAUUUUUAAAAUAAAUGAUUCCAAGAAAAAAAGAUGAUUUCAGUGGCGUGACAAGUUAUGAUCCUGACAAGCUCGGGUUUGCCGAGAUGGCGCUCAAAAAAAUGACCGGCGGUAAAAAAAGUUGGUUUUUAUUUCAAAUUUCAUCACAUAAUCAAAUAAUCAUUUUUUUCUCAGGUAGCGGUUCCAAUUGGCGACGACGGCGAGGUAGACUACGAGGCGCUGUUGAAAAUGCCAAAAACUGA